CACACAGCCGACAGCCGCCACAGUCCGACGUCCCCCAGCGCCUGGAGUGCGAGUGUGCCGGCCGCUGCACGCAUUCCCGCAGUCUACAGUCUACCGCCAGCUGAGCCGGAGGCCGCGUCCGACGUCUCUGGAACGCUACCCCUGUGUGGGGCCCCUAGCGCGCGGAGGACGACGACGAUCCACGACAUGCGGGCAACGGAGCGGGCGCGGAGAUGGAAACACCCAUGGCAGACGUGAUCGCACCGCGCGGCGCGCCCUCGUCGGCGGCGGGCGGCCUGCAGCGCCAGCCGUCGUUCUCGUCGUUCCCGCACGCCCGCUCGCCGUCCGUGUCGACGCGCGCCGACGCCCGCAAGGCCCGCUCGCCGCAGCCGCCCAUGGUGCCCGAGGCCGACGACGGCGAGCCCGCGUCGCGCACCGCGUCGCAGUCGCACGUCGCCGGCAUGGCCAGCCUGCGCUCGCAGUACCCCGCCGACGCCGUCGAGCGCCACGUCGAGUACAUCCUGGUGGCCUCGUUCGACAUCGACCGCGGGUCGGUCAUGGAGAACCAGUACCCCGCCGCCAUCAGCGGCGACGAGACCACGCUGGCCGAGCUGAUGCUGCCGGACCAGGUGCACUCGCGCGCCCAGGACUGGACCAUCUUCUUCCUGCACAAGGACACCACCACCGAGGAGGAGGAGAAGGAGGCCCGCCGCGAGCGCCGCCGCCAGCGCAGGCGCCGCAAGGACCGCGACGGCGAGGGUGAGCCCGACGGCGACCUUGAGCCCGACGCCGCCGCCGACGACGACGGCGACGACGACACCGAGCCCUCGGACGAAGAGCAGGACCCCGACGGCCCCCCGCUCGUCUACGUGCUCAACCUCGUCAACACCAAGCAGGACAACACGGUCAAGCGCGGCGCCGUCGUCAAGGCCAUGGCCAUCUGCACCCGCCACUCGUUCCUGCACAUCUACAAGCCGCUACUCGUACUAGCCCUCGAGGAGUACUUCCGCCACCCCGUCAUCGAGACCCUGGCCUCGCUCUACAACUCGCUCAACGCCAUGGACCUGUCGCUGCUGCCGCGCCUGUCGUCGCUGGAGAGCUUCGUGCUGCACGCGACCGACGCCAAGGACAUGUUCGUCGAGAAGUUCGAGCAGAUGAUCCGCAAGCAAAAGGCCGCCGACGCCGAGCGCACGUCGCUGUCGUCCGUCGACUCGCAGCCCAAGCGCAUAGCUUAUAUUCUCCCCCGCGACACGCACGAAUUCGAGUCCAAGGUCAACUACAACGGCAUCCCCGUUCCAGUGAAAGUGCCUUCUGCGCUGAGUCCCGAGACAGUGGGCGACUUCUCCCUCAUCAAGCUCAUCCAGACCUUCUCCACCCCCCACGCCACCCAGCCCCAGCCCUUCGCCCUGCACCCCCACCUCACCACCAGCGGCGCCUACACCCACCCCAUCAUCGUGCUGGUCAACGCCCUCCUCACCCAGAAGCGCAUCAUCUUCAUCGGCCACAACCGGCCAUCUAGUGAAGUCGCCGAGGCCGUCCUCGCUGCCUGCGCCCUCGCCUCCGGCGGCAUCCUGCGCGGCUUCGUGCGCCAUGCCUUCCCCUACACCGAUCUCACCAAGGUGGAUGACCUGCUCAAGGUCCCUGGCUUUAUUGCUGGCGUCACCAACCCGACCUUCUCCUUCAAGCCCGAGUGGUGGGACGUGCUGUGCGACCUGCCGACGGGCCGCAUGAAGAUCAGCAACCGCAUCGAGCCCGCCGCGCCGACCGAGGGCGCCCACUACUUCCACGCGCAUGGCAUUCCCGUCGCGGGCGCCGCCGCCCCCAUGGCGAGCGAGAAGCCAAACGCCGUCGACGCCACCCAAGACAACCCCUUCAUGGACUCGAUGCUCCUCGCCAUCGCCCACCGCGCCGGCGAAACCGCCAUCCGCGCGAAAUGGCGCGCCUGGGUCCUGAAAUUCACCCGCAUCGCCGCCGCCUUCGAGGAGUCCGUCUACGGCGCGUCAGCCCUCUACAUCGGCUCGCACGAAACCGACGCCGACGCCGGCGCCUACGGGGUCUCAGGCCACGGCUACGUCUGGCCCGACGAGCACUCGCGCCUGCGCGAACUCGCCGCCAACACGCACCGCAUCGAGGGCUGGCGCAGCACCCGCAGCUACUAUUCCUGCGUGCAGGACCUGGCGCGCUCGUGGAAGCGGCGGCCCGUUAGGGGCAUCGAUCUGCACCACCAGCACGAUAAACUACGGUGCUUGCGCCUCGCGCCCGAUCAGGCCGCGGCGAUUUACCUCGCCCUCGCCCGCUGCGUCGAGGACCCCGGGCCGCCCGCACUGUCUCCCGCUGCGACGCCCACCGCCUCAACGCCCGCACCGGCACCCGCCACGACCCCGGCUGUCAGCGCCGCCGCCGCGCGCCGCCACCAGUACGCGACUACCCUGCAACUCCUCAGCGUGCUCCCGGAGUCCGGCACGGGGCUUUUCUAUCUCAGUCUCGGGCUGUUCCACCCCAGACAGGAUGUUAGAGUCGCGGUUGUGAAGCUGUUGGAGAGGAUUAUGGAUCACCCUGCGGGCCGGUAUUUCUGGGCGGGCUUGGGAAGGUUCGCGAAGUUGGCGUUUUUUAGGGUUAAGCGGGAGGAGGGCGUGGGCGGGCUGUAAGUAGAGAGGAAGAGGGGGAGGGAGAGGGAGAG